AUGACCACAGACCCACUUCCCUAUUGGAUAAGAAAAUUGGCGUCCAGACUCAGGGCUGUCACCGGGCCCGUCCGAGAACAGCGUGUCCGUGAAGCCUUUGACAUGUAUGAUGUUAGCGGCGAUGGCUUCUUAGAUAUGGAAGAGAUGAGGAAUGCGAUGUCCAAGAUGUUUCUCUUCAACCAGGAGGAGGUGAACAGAAUCUGCCACGACUUGGAUACCAGCAAUGAUGGUGUUAUCUCUUACAAGGAGUUUUCUGGCUGGAUGAGACGCGGUACCCAUUCCAAGGAAGUCUUGAAAGGCAAAACCAUCCUUGCACCGAUUGAUAGUGAUGGAUUAGAUGCCGUCUUUUAUGUCUUUUGUGGUCCUGGCAAGACGGAGAUGGAGAUGAAAGACUUUGUGAAGUUCUGCAAGAACUGCCAGAUCACCGAUUCCACUCUCCCCACAGCUGCGGCGGAGUUGGUCUUCAACGAUCACCGGGUGAAAGGUCCCGGACGUCGCACGUUGGAUUUCUUCGAAUUUGGCGCAGCCUUGGAGCAGCUGGCAGAAAGGAAGCACAUGAAGGUCAGUGAUCUCUAUACCUUGGCUCUACUGACAGGUGGUCCUCAAGCCAAGCUCGUACCCUGCAAAAUGCAGCAGUCCAAAGGUUCGUCUCGAAGAAGGUCCGUGCUUUCCCAGCGCAAGCGGCGUGCCAAAAAGCUGCAACCUAUCCUGCAAGAUAAAGAUGCAUGGAAGCGAGAUGUGGACAACUGCAGGCUAUGGAAGAUCUUUGGCCUGGACACUUCCGCGGGCCGCCAGCUGCGUCAGAUCUACGGCUCAGGGCCAUCCGCGGCACACUCGCAGCCAGCGUUUCCGAAGCCACAGAUUUGCGUGAGCAUCCCGCCGGUGGCUUGUCAUCCAGAGAGGAUUCAAGGAGAGGUGAACGCCAAUCGCCUGUCACCACAACACGCAGGGAUGAAUACAAGCAUCUCCCUUCCCCUCAUCGCGAGCAGACCUCCUGCAGCGGAUCAUGCUAAAGCACCAGCCUCACAUCUGUGAGGAGA